AUGACAACCGAUUCGCAGGAUUGGCUUCAGGAGCGUCUUCGAUUCCACGGAAUCAAGUCCAAUAUUCUGGCGAGGAAUCUUGUCUCCGAGUUCGUCGGCACCUUCAUACUUUGUUUCAUCGGCCUCGGCAUCGUCGUGCAAUUCCACAUUGGCGGCGGCGCGACGACGCAAUGGAUCGGCGUCAACAUCGGCUGGGGCUUCGCGAUCAUGUUCGCCGUGAUGGCGACGGCGCGAAUGUCGGGCGGCCAACUGAAUCCGGCCGUCUCGCUGCUCCUCUGGUCGAUGGGCCAUCUGAAAUUGGCGUGGGUGCUCGCCUACUCGCUGGCGCAAACCGCCGGCGCGUUCGUCGCCGCCGCUUUGAUCUACGCCUACUAUUACGAGCGAUUCGACGCGUUCGACGGCGGUAAUCGAACGGUGCUCGGCGCCAACGGCACCGCCGGCUGCUUCUCAAGCUACCCGCAUCCCGACAUCGGCUACUGGGGACCAUACAUCGAUCAGAUAGUGGGCACCGCGAUUCUCGGCUUCUUCCUAUGCGUCAUCAUCGACGAGCGCAAUCAAAUCCCAAAAGUGUGGCAUCCGAUGUUCUUCGGCUUCCUCAUCAUGAUGAUCGGCACCGGCUUCGGCAUGAACCUCGGCUAUCCGAUCAAUCCGGCGCGCGAUCUCGGACCCCGCCUAUUCGCCUAUUUCGUCUACGGCACCGGUGUGUUCAAUUCGCCGUAUCGCGGCUACUGGAUGGCGCCGGCGAUCGCUCCAUUCGUCGGCGCCCUCGUCGGCGGAUGGCUCUACCAUUUCGCGUUGGGAAUGCACAAUCCCGACGUCGUCGACGACGACGACGCGCCUUCAGACGGCCACGAGAAGCGUCAACUUCUACCAACCGCCUAA